AUGGUAAGUUUUCCAUUUUUACUUUAGGAUAAAGAUUCGAAAACGUAUGAUGAUUUUGGCAAUUUCAGAAAUUUAUCCUCCUUUCAUUAGCUCUUGUUGCAAUCGUUUGCUCGUAUCAGAUCUCUGUGGGAUUGGAGAGCCCAUACCGUGUCCAUGGUAAGAUACGAUAUCCAAGCUUGGAAUUUUUAGUCCACGGCUUGUAGUAGUAGUUGAGAUACGCAACGCUGCAGAGCGUACUACCCGGGUCAAAAAGUCCUGAUCAUUUGCGCAGAGCGGUCUUGGCGCGUCACUGCCGGGCAAGAAACCCCAAAUUGUAUAUAGUACAUAUCAAAAUUUUAGAAGUGAGAAGAAGACAAGUCCCAAUCUGGCCAAAGCCGGACCCUAAAGUCCCGGAAUGCUGUGCUUGCCCGUUCGAGACAACAACGGCUGAAGAGCCCAGUGAAGAUGGACCUACUGAGUCCGACUCCACCACCGAGGCGCCAGUUGAAUCUACAACGGGAACUGACGAGGGAAUGGUCUGA